AUGACUGUCAUUGUCGUUCAGGGGUUCUUCGCGAUACGCGCGUGGAAGGUUACCAACCGAAAUUGGGUUAUACUUGGGAUGAUCGCUGUCUUUGCGCUUACAGCAUUUGGGGGAGGGAUCGGGGUCAAGGUGAUGUUUAUGCAAGUAGGGUCAACGCUGCGCGCUGGAGACGUCAAGGUACCAGCAUAUAUUUGGCUGUUCGGCACCGUAGCGGCAGAUUUGAUUAUUACUGGCAUCAUCUUAUUCUAUCUCAUUACUAGCAGGAAAACAACGAGUCAAAAAGCAACAGACGAUGUUAUCACCCGACUCGCCCGAGUUACGUUCGAGUCUCAACUGCCCCCCACCUUGAUCGCCGUUGGCCUUGCUAUAGAAUAUACCAUUCAGCCAUUCCAUUCCUCUGCGUUCAAGCCAAAUUCUAUGGAAUCAGCCUUUACAUACUCUGAAUUCCGCUCUCGAAACACCUUUUGGCUAAGCUCAAGGUUCACGCCAGCCGAUGGACCUCGGGCAACAAAAGGCGACACCCACCGGCACACCCAAUUCACCAUCAUGCCCGAGCCCCGCACUAGGCGAGUCAAAGCCGAAUCCAUAGAUACGGUCUCUUUCAAAGGUGUUGAUCUUGGGGACGACGAUGAAUCGCGAAACAGUCGGAGCCGGGAUAUGGAUGCCGGGUGCGGAAAACUAGUGAAAUAG